AUGUCUAGCACCAAUUACAAAUUAGUCUGUUUGGGAAACCCUUUGUUGGACCUCCAAACCAAUGUUUCACAAGACUACCUCAAGAAGUACGACUUGAAAGAUAAUGACGCCAUUUUAGCCGAAGACAAGCAUUUACCUAUUUACGAAGAGAUCAUCAACAAUAAGGAUCUUAUCCUCGUUGCUGGUGGUGCUGCUCAAAACACUGCUCGUGGUGCACAAUAUAUCUUGCCUGAAAACUCUGUUGUUUACUUUGGUUCAGUAGGUAACGAUGUCUAUGCUGAGAGAUUGAAUGAGGCCAAUGCCAAGUACGGAUUGGCAACCAGAUACCAAGUGCAAUCGGAUUACGCUACUGGUAAAUGUGCUGCCUUGAUCUAUGAUCACCACAGAUCAUUGGUUACCGACCUUGCUGCUGCUAACCACUUCAAGCCAGAACACUUGCAAAAAGCAGAAAACUGGAAAAUCGUUGAAGCAGCCGAGGCAUACUAUAUCGGUGGAUUUCACUUGACUGUUUCCCCAGAAGCCAUCAAAUUGCUUGGUGAAGAAGCUGCUAAAAAGAACAAACCAUUGGUGUUGAACUUUUCUGCUCCAUUCAUUGCCCAAUUCUUUAAAGACCAAUUGGACUCCGUCUUGCCAUACGUCGACUACGUCAUUGCUAAUGAAUCCGAGGCUGAGGCAUACGCAGAAAGCCAUGGUUUGAGCAACACCAAGGAUGUUGCUGAGAUUGCCAAGCAUGUAGCACAAUUGCCAAAAGUUAAUGAAAAAAGACCACGUACCGUUAUCUUCACCCAAGGUACCGACCCAACAGUCACCGUGGUGAACAACGGAGAUGGCAAAUUGGAUGUUAAUGAGUAUCCUGUCAAAUCAUUGGCCAAGGAAAAGAUUGUUGAUACCAAUGGUGCUGGUGAUGCAUUUGCUGCUGGGUUCGUUGCUUCUUUGGUUGAAGGUAAGAACCUUGCUGACUCUGUUGAUGUAGGACAAUGGGCUGCAGCAUUGAGUAUUCAACAAGUUGGUCCAUCAUUCCCAUUCCCAAAGGAGACAUACACAAAGUAG